GCGCCUGGCGGAAGCGGCUCCCGGGCUGCGGCGUCCCGGCCGCGAGCCGGAAACCGGCUCCGGAGGCUCCGCGGUGGCCGGCGUGACCGGCUCCUACCAGACAGCUGGCGCACGAGCUAGUGCGUGAACUUAGUUUGGUAACUAGACCAGCACGCGGCCCCGCAGGUUUUACUGCGAAACUCUCUUUGUGAAUUGAAAUGUUGUAGUCGGUGCGGUUUCCCGGAGGAUGAUAAUGAAGAUAAUUCAAAUGAUGGGACCCAACCAUCCAAAAGGAGGCGAAUGGGCUCAGGAGAUAGCUCUAGGAGUUGUGAGACUUCAAGUCAAGAUCUUGGCUUUAGCUACUAUCCAGCAGAAAAUUUGAUAGAGUACAAAUGGCCACCUGAUGAAACAGGAGAAUACUAUAUGCUUCAAGAACAAGUCAGUGAAUAUUUGGGUGUGACCUCCUUUAAACGGAAAUAUCCAGAUUUAGAGCGACGAGAUUUGUCCCAUAAGGAGAAACUCUACCUGCGGGAGCUGAAUGUCAUCACAGAGACGCAGUGCACUCUAGGUUUAACAGCAUUGCGCAGUGAUGAAGUGAUUGAUUUAAUGAUAAAAGAAUAUCCAGCCAAACAUGCUGAAUAUUCUGUUAUUUUACAAGAAAAAGAACGUCAGCGAAUUACAGAUCAUUAUAAAGAGUAUUCUCAAAUGCAACAACAGAAUACUCAGAAGGUUGAAGCCAGCAAAGUGCCUGAGUACAUUAAGAAAGCUGCCAAAAAAGCAGCUGAAUUUAACAGCAACUUAAACCGGGAACGUAUGGAAGAAAGAAGAGCUUAUUUUGACUUGCAGACACACGUUAUCCAGGUGCCUCAAGGGAAGUACAAAGUGUUACCGACAGAGCGAACCAAGGUCAGUUCUUACCCAGUGGCCCUCAUCCCCGGACAGUUCCAGGAAUAUUACAAAAGGUACUCACCAGAUGAGCUGCGGUAUCUGCCGUUAAACACCGCACUUUAUGAGCCCCCUCUGGAUCCUGAGCUCCCGGCCCUAGACAGCGAUGGCGAUUCAGAUGAUGCCGAGGAUGGUCAAGGCGAUGAGAAACGGAAACAUAAAGGCACUUCGGACAGCUCCUCCGGCAACGUGUCUGAAGGGGAAGGCCUUCCUGACAGCCAGGAGGAGCCUUUCCAGGGAAGACAGAGAUCCAAGGACAAAGCUGCUACUCCAAGAAAAGAUGUUUCCAAACGUUCUGUACUGUCCAAGUCAGUCCCUGGGUACAAGCCAAAGGUCAUUCCAAAUGCUCUAUGUGGAAUUUGUCUGAAGGGUAAGGAGUCCAACAAGAAAGGGAAGGCUGAAUCACUUAUACACUGCUCCCAGUGUGAGAACAGUGGCCAUCCUUCUUGCCUGGAUAUGACCAUGGAGCUUGUUUCUAUGAUUAAGACCUACCCAUGGCAGUGUAUGGAAUGUAAAACUUGCAUUAUAUGUGGACAACCCCACCACGAAGAAGAAAUGAUGUUCUGUGAUGUGUGUGACAGAGGUUAUCAUACUUUUUGUGUGGGCCUUGGUGCUAUUCCAUCAGGUCGCUGGAUUUGUGACUGUUGUCAGCGAGCCCCCCCAACACCCAGGAAAGUGGGCAGAAGGGGGAAAAACAGCAAAGAGGGAUAAAAUAUGGAUUUAAAUGAAAUAUUUGGUGCCAACUUAUUUACAUUCUCAAUUUUAUGCCAAUAAAAGAUUCUGAAAUUAACUAUGUGCUUAAAA